UAAACUUGGAUGUGUCCAUAGCAACAAGUGCACUGAAGAAUCGAAAACCGACGUCCUUUACCCUUGAAAUGUCAAAGAUAAUCUUCAACCAAAACUAAAGAAGAUAUUGCAAGGAAAAAGCCACAAUCAUGCCGGACGAGUCGGUUCGUGUAGCUGUCAGGGUUCGUCCCUUUAACUCCAGGGAAAAAGAAAGAAAUGCAAAAUGUGUAAUUGAUAUGCAAGGAAAAAUGACUACCAUCCAAAACCCAGAGGAGCUAAAUCAACCACCAAAAGAGUUCUCUUUUGAUUUCUCAUAUUGGUCUCAUGAUGGAGCUAAAGAGUUGCCAGAUGGUUUACUUGUUGCAGACAACCCAAGAUACGCCGAUCAACGAACAGUGUUUAAUGAUCUAGGCCAAGGUGUAUUGGACAAUGCCAUCUUAGGAUUCAAUUGUUCGUUGUUUGCCUAUGGACAGACGGGUGCUGGAAAAUCAUACUCCAUGGUCGGUUAUGGACAGAACAAAGGUAUUGUACCUAUUACAUGUGACGAGUUGUUCAAAAUCAUUGAAAGGGGCGAUGGAAGCAUUAAAUAUCAAGUAACAUUCAGCAUGCUGGAGAUCUAUAACGAGCAGGUCCGAGAUUUGCUCACAAAAGAAAACCCAAAAGGAGGUUUGCAGGUGCGUCAAAAUCCCAAAAUUGGUGCCUUCUACGUCCAAGGAUUAAAAUUUGUAGCCGUGGGAAGUUAUAAGGAAAUUGAGAAAAGAACAGAAGAGGGCACUGCAAACAGAACUGUUGCGUCAACUCAAAUGAACGCAACAAGCUCACGUGCUCACACAGUCGUCACAAUUCAGUUUGACCAGAUAUGCAAAAAUGACAUGGGCCAAGAAACUAAGAAAACCAGUAUUAUUAACCUUGUAGAUUUGGCAGGUUCUGAACGUGCUGACAGCACUGGAGCGACUGGUGAUCGCCUCAAGGAAGGAGCUAACAUCAACAAGAGUUUAUCAGCUCUUGGCAAUGUCAUCUCAGCAUUGGCUGAUCAGUCAAUGGGCAAAAAGAAAGUGCUUGUGCCGUACAGAGAUUCAGUGCUUACCAAGUUGCUGCAGAAUGCACUUGGUGGAAACAGUAAGACCAUUAUGAUAGCAGCUUUGUCUCCUGCUGAUAUUAACUACGAUGAAACCCUCGGCACGCUUCGAUAUGCUGAUCGAGCAAAGAAAAUCAAAAACAAAGCCGUUGUCAAUGAAAAUCCUAUGGACAAACUUAUUAGGGAGCUCAAAGAGGAGAAUGAAAGACUGAAAAAAGCUAUGGGUGGAGAUUUGCCAGUGUCCGCACCUGGGGCAACCAUGACCGAAGAGGAAAAGGAAAGAAUGAGAAAAGAAAUGGAAGAAGAAAUACGUGCUCAACUUGAAGCGAACGCUAUGGCAAUGAUGAGUUGGGAUGAAAAGCUCCAAGCAUCGCGAAGUGAAACGGAUCCGGCAGAUGAUGCUGCAAACGAAAAGCUGCAGACAACCCCACAUCUUAUCAACUUGAACGAAGACAAUAUGUUGUCUGGUGUCAUUAAACAUUCCUUAAAUGAAGGAGAAACAACGAUUGGCCGGAAAGAUGCAAAUCCCAAUGUACCUAUGACCGGAUUGAGUAUCAUGAAACAGCACGCAGUUCUUAUUUGGCAUGAAAAUGAGGUUACACUGAAACCGGCUACGGCUGGUGCUAAGACAAAAGUCAAUGGCAUGCCACUGACUGGAGAGAGGGUUUUGAAACAUUACGAUCGAAUCCUCUUUGGCUCGAACCAUAUGUAUUAUUUUGUAAAUCCAUUGAAUACUGAGAAAAGCGAUGGAACUCCAGGAAAGGUGGAUUGGGAAUUCGCACAGAAGGAAAUCGCCCAGGCUAAAGGGUUUCAGACUGGUUUUGGAGCUGGGCUUUCUAAAGACCAGCAACAAGCUCAAGAGCAAGUCCUGGAGUUGUUACCCCUGAUCAGCGAAGUAAACGCUAUCAGUGAAGAACUGGACAAGCAAAAGACUUUUGAAAUCAUUCUCAUCUCAAGUGCAGCACAGGAUGCUGGAGGAAAAGAAACAAAAGUUCUUGUAAAGAUGAAGAACCUUCUGAAUGACAACGUGUGGUUAUGGGAGCGAGGAAAGUUCAUGAACAGAAGGUUUCUCAUGCAGGAUCUGUAUCAACGGUUUCUUGAUGGGGACGAGACAGUGAAAACAAUUCCUCAAGAAGAAGACCCUUUCUGGGAGCCUCCGGAAGAUGUCCUUAUUGGAACCGCAAACGUUUUCUUGCAGAGUUUAUCGUAUGCUUUAGACUUUGAUGACAAGCUGGCAAUUACAGAUUACAAGGGUAUCGAGCAAGGCACUUUGAUUAUUAACGUGACACCAUGUACUGCAAAUGGCAAGCCUUUGGACGAAGAAUCUUUUGUUGAUGAACCGAAAGAUCUACUAGGAAAACCCUACCAUUUCAAGGUUUUGAUCAGAAAUGCUGAAAUUUUGAAAGCCAGAUAUUCUCAAGGCAUCUACAUCAAGUAUACAACCAUGGGUGAAACUGAGACAACGGAGACUCCAGUUGUGAAGGACACUCUGUCGCCAGAAUACAAUCAUUCUAAGCUUUUCUCAUUCCCAAGCAUCACAGAGGAGCAUUUAGAAUGGUUCGACUCAGGCUGCAUAACGUUCUCUGUGUAUGGAAAGCAAGUGGACACCGUUUCAGACCAAAGGCUUUUGAAAAUGACAACAAAGGAAUUGCGACAGAUGGAACACAUACAAAACCCUGGUAUGAAUCACAGACAGUCGACGUUCAGGCCAGCGAUUGGCGAAUCAGCGCAGUUGAAAUCAGAGCUGAUUUUGCUCAAACGAAAACUCAACAGGCUGGCAGAGAAAGAGAAGAGAAUCCAGGAUAUUGUCACUGAGUGGGGAAAGAAACCAGAUAACGAGAAGGAUUUCAAUGCAUUCCACAAGGCCAUGCAAGCUGCUGCAUUCUAUCAACGUGGCCAGCUCAAGUACAAAGUUAACAUGCUCCAGUCGUAUUUGAAAAACCAGAAAGGUACUACUGCAAACGGUGGAGACAUAAAAACGGAAGUGAAACCAAGCGGUUCGAGCGCUUCAGCCGGAAGUAAAGCAUGCUCUGUAAUGUAAAUAAUUUUCCAGUCUUGCUAAUGCUCGUAAGAUGUAUUUAUUGUUAUAGUUUGUGACUCAUUAUAUAUCAGUAUCUAGAACAAAACACGGAUCACUGAAGUCUUUUAGCGAUUAUGGCAUUCUGUUCAAGCAGAAUAUUAAAAAAUAUGUUGCAAUAGGCCAACUUUUAACCAAGAUUUAAUCACAUAUUUGUUAAAAAGUAUCAUUAAUGGCUUUCUAUAUUUUUCAAAUAAGAGAGGGUUUGUUUAUCUUCUAAUGCUCUUUGCAAAAAGUGCACGUUGUGUUAUGUCAGCUUUGGUAGUUCUUUAGCUUUCUCUUGCCAGUCGACCCCUAUGCAGUUACAUUUUUGUUAAACAAGAAUAACAGUCAAUCAUUUUCUUGAUAUUGUUAAAAUUGUAAAAGAAAUAGCACUCUGUCUACUGGGUAUAGGACAGAAUACUCCGAAGGCCAUCUUUCUUUUUUGUCGGGUCUGCAAGAGAAUUCAAUCUGUUCUGUUUCCACGAGCCACAUAAAAAUUAGCACGAAAAAUUUCUUUCGUUUCAUGCUGCCAAAUACAAAUAGUAUUUACUUUGCUUUAUCUCCCUAACUCAACCCACGGCCUUCUGGGAACUGGCUCACAAAGAUUACUCGGAAAGCCUUCCUCUUCGGCACUGCUCUUGCAUUCAAAAUUUUGAGCAGCGAGCCAAAACAUUCUUUAGGGCAAAAUUGAAUUAGAGUGCUGAAUUGAAAUCACUGUAAACAACUGAUGUGGUUUUCAGGAAUCAAAGCAUCUGUAAGGUUCCUGUCUUUGCCGAUAACUAACUUAGCUUUGUAGGACCAGUGAACUGCCACAAAGGUAACAAGUUGGUUGAUAUGCUUCUUUUCAACUUGCAUCACACCUUUGAUCAAUUUUUUCUGUUGAAUGGGACAAUGUCCUUAGAUUUAUCUUUCUGCCUUCUCAUUUUCUCGAUUGUUUAUGAAACUUAGACAGUCGAUAUUGGGCCAACAAGAAUCCAACUUCCCAAUCAACUAACACUGAACGCUUUACCGGGUUGCAAAAAACAUGUGCCUAUGUGCCUACACAACAGUUCAUAAAUGAGCCACCCGUACACCGCCCUGUUAGGGUUCGUUUAUUUAUUGUGUUGAUUGCUGUUAGUUCGUGUUUACUGUAUUAUAUACUUGAAUCGAAAAGGCUUUUUUAACUUUUAUCUUAAGCGCUGAUACAUUGAUUGUUUAAUAAGAGUGUUUCGUAGACUUCAGUUCUGAUAUGUUUAAUGCACUGAUCCUAGAUUGUCAAUAAUGUUUUUUAGAUUCAUGUUUAUCUAACUUAAGAACAAUGUGAUUGUCCAUAUGAUUCUCCACAAGACUUUUGACAA